AUGUCAAGGAAGUAAAUAUGUAAUAAUUCAUAUAUAUAUGCAUGUAUUUUUAGUUCAGAAUCAUUAUAUUUUAUUUAGUGCAUUCUGGAGAAAAAAAGAAAUUCUAUUACAUCUUCAACGUUCCAAUAAGGCCAAAAAUUAAACAAAAAGCCUUCUUGAUCUCCUAUAUAUAUAACCCAAGUUUUUUUUCAUAUAUUUAAUUUCUAUGUUUAUUUAAGAUGGAGAUUUAUUAUUCUUGCCACCUCUAGCAAACAAUAUUCUGGAUAAUGCAGUGCAACAAGAUCUUGUAAUUAUUGUGAUUAUUUUUACAAACAAGGAAAAAAAAAUGGAUGGUCAUGGAGAAACAAAAUUGACAGGCAUUAGACAAAUUGUGAGACUCAAACAAUUGUUAAACAAAUGGCAAAAUGUCACAUUUACCCCUACAAAGGUAAAAAACCAUGGCGUAAAAAUCGAACGUACAAAAUCGUCUAACAGUAAAAAAAAUGAGUGUUACAAAGGAGGCAUAUCCCCAUCGAUAAGCAGGAGGCUACGGAACACCAGCGUGUGUUGCGAUUCGGAUGAGGACAUUUGUCAGAGCCCAGAAUCACCACAUGGCGUCCCGAGAGGAUCUUUAGCGGUUUAUGUGGGACCAGAACUUAGAAGAUUUAUAAUUCCAACAAGUUAUUUAAGUGAUCCUUUAUUUAAAGUUUUACUUGAAAAAGUCGAAGAAGAAUUUGGAUUCAAUCAUAGUGGUGGGCUUACUAUACCCUGUGAGAUUGAAACUUUCAAGUUUUUGAUGCAAUGUAUGGAGAAACAUCAAAGAUGUCAACCUGUUGAUGAUAAGCAUCACAAUGGUUCUGGUGCAGGAAUCAUCAUGGCCUGAUUUCAAUAUCUACUAGCUAAGCAAGAUCUGUGGCAAAUUGAUCAGGAGGGAACUCUAUAAUGAUAUUAUAAUUAGUGAUGUAUAAAUAUUAAUUAGGCUUAUUUUAUUUUAUUUCCUUUCAUUUUAUUUUAAUUUCUUUUCUCCUGGUGUAAAAUAAACGGUGGUCUUUGCUUAUACAUGUAUUUAACCAUCACUUUAUAAAAAAUAAACCAUUUUAAUAAAUUUCAUCUAGAUA